AUGCUGCGACACAGCGCCGCGAGGCUCGCAGCUGCAGCCGUCAAGGCCGCCGAACCGACAGCCCACACGGUGGCCGUGUCCAGAGCCCAGGGCGUUUCUCAAGGCUUGACUGGAGCCAUCGGCAACACCCCCCUCAUCCGGCUGAACAGACUGUCCGAAGAAACCGGCUGCGAGGUGCUAGGCAAGGCCGAGUUCAUGAACCCAGGCGGCUCCGUCAAGGACCGCGCCGCUCUCUACGUGGUCAAGGACGCCGAGGAACGCGGGCUCCUCCGCCCGGGGGGCACCGUUGUCGAGGGAACCGCCGGCAACACGGGCAUCGGCCUCGCCCACGUCUGCCGGUCCCGCGGCUACAAGCUCGUCAUCUACAUGCCCGACACGCAGUCCCAGGGCAAAAUCGACCUCCUCCGCCUGCUCGGCGCCCAGGUGCACCCCGUGCCCGCCGUGGCGUUUGACAACCCCCAAAACUACAACCACCAGGCCCGACGGCACGCCGAGCGUCUCGACAACGCCGUGUGGACGAACCAGUUCGACAACACGGCCAACCGGCGGGCGCACAUCGAGACGACGGGCCCGGAGAUUUGGGCGCAGACCCUGGGCACCGUGGACGCCUUCACCUGCGCCACGGGCACGGCGGGCACGCUGGCCGGCGUCACCAGGUACCUGAAGAGCGUCUCGGGCGGCAGGGUCAAGAGCUUCCUGGCCGACCCGCCGGGCAGCGUCUUGCACUCGUACAUCGGCUCCGGGGGCGAGUUGGCCGAGCGGACGGGGUCCAGCAUCACCGAAGGCAUCGGCCAGGGCCGCAUCACGGACAACCUCCAGCCCGAUGUUGGCCUGCUGGACGGGUCGCUGCACAUCUCGGACGAGAAGAGCAUCGAGAUGGUCUACCGGUGCCUGGACGAGGAAGGCCUGUACCUCGGCGCGAGCUCGGCGCUGAAUGUUGUCGCGGCCAAGGAGGUUGCGGAGAAGAUGGGCAGGGGCCACAAGGUCGUUACCGUGCUGUGCGACGGAGCGUACCGCUACGCCGAUCGCCUCUUCAGCCGCAAGUGGUUGCAAGAGAAGAAGCUCCUGGGGGCGAUUCCUCGUCAUCUGGAAAAGUACGUCGUUUUGCCGUGA